AUGGGACUCUUCUCAAAGCUUUGGAGAUUUAGGACUGCACCGAUUAAAACAACCUAUGACACAUACAACCGCGAAGCACUUCAAAUAAUAACGCCAAACAUGUUCUCGGGACUCAGGGCCGAAAUAUCCAAGACUGUCCUGCCAUUCUGCCAGAUCUCAAACAUAAGGACCAACAGCACAAACCAAACUUUCCUGACGCUCAGCUCAAGAAACAGCGUCUUCCAGUUUUCGUUCGACAGCAACAGGAACUACCAGCUGAAGUCCUCACUGCUCACAGGACCCCUUGUGAGCAAGUUCCACUCGAUAAUAUCGCACAAGAAGGAGAUUUUCAAUCAAUUUGAAGCAGUGCUAAACUCGAGAUUUUACAAUGUUGCCCUCAAGCUGAUCAGUCCUACAUUUGAUGCAUCAAACCUCGUCUAUAUUGUGACGUAUUUUGUGUCUCUGGGAUUCCUGGACUGCGGAUUUGAGGUCGUCGGGCUGAGCAACGAGCUUGGAAUCAGCUUCUCAUCACGAAUCGAAGGCAAAGACAGCGUCUACUGUGCAAACAUCCAGAGAUUCAACACGCUGGCACUGAGCUUCUACCACAAGGUAUUGGAGUUUUUGGAGCUCGGGGGAGAGAUAAAGAGGUCUCCGAGUAGCCUUUCAUAUGCGGCAGGCAUGAGAAUAAGGAACUACAGAAGCGAUGUCAGGUGUUCAAUAGACUCAAGCAGGAACGUAUACUUUGACUGGAGCGAGUCGCUGUCCGAGAACCUGAGGAUCGAGUUUUCAUCCUCGUACGACUGGGAGGACUUUGAGUAUGGAAUAGGACUGAGCUACGAAUCAUAA